AUGGCUCCAAGAAUCGGAAACAUCGCUAGUUACGCUACUCAGGAAAAGUAUCUUGUCGAUUUCUUCGGAGACGAGUUCAUCGUCACCGUGACGCCGGAUCCCUCCGUCAUCGGCCAAUGGAUCCACGACGUUCUCCUUCGCCAGCGCUCAUCCUCUCACCCUCUCGUCGUCGGAGUCGGCGUUCAGUGGACACCGUCUGGUUAUCAAUACGAUCCUCCGGCGGAUACUCUGCAGCUAUGCGUGGGUUAUCGAUGUAUCAUCAUCCAGCUCUCUCACUGUAACCGCGUUCCCAAUAUCCUUUACAGUUUCCUCGCGGAUCCAGAAACGACGUUCGUCGGCGUGUGGAACAGCCAAGACGCGAGAAAGCUAGAGGAAUCUAAGCAUCAGUUAGAGAUCGGUGAGCUUUUGGAUUUGAGGAAGUACGUUGUAGAUUCCACAGGAAGGUGGAGCUUGAGGGGUUGUUCGUUCGAGGUGAUUGUUGAGGAAUGUUUGGGUUAUCGAGGGGUGAGGCUAGAUCGACAGGUAAGUAUGAGCGAUUGGAGUGCUUACGACCUUUGUCACCGUCAGAUUCUUCAGGCGUCGUUAGAUGUUUACGUUUGUUACAAGCUCGGUGUUAAGUAUCGUCUUUGGCAGCUUUGAGAAAACAUGUCUAUGUUGCAAGCUUUUGAAUCUUUCUUUUUUGUU